AUAAACUUUGCGUACAGUGUACACGAUUAAUCUCCUUAUUUAUUUUUUUUACAAAUCUUAAGAUUGAGAAAUGGACUCUAAAGCCCAUUCAGAACCUAGGGAUGGCCCAGUCACCACCGUGGGUAAUUGGCGAGAUAUAGAAACAAUGGACGACGAGCACCAAUCGGAUUAUUUGAUACAAAGGUUGGAAGAAAUGUUCACAAAACUGGAAAAGAGAUCACAGCAGACAGAUGCGUGGGAGGGUGAAGACGAGGAAGGGGAAGAAGAUAGAGGAGAGAAGAAAAAACGGCGCCAACCAAAGAGGCCGGCGAUAGAAAAGUCCCCACCUAACAUAAGCGAAACUGCCAAAGCCGGAGGACUUGGAGAUUGUGAGAAAGACGUAGGAAUGUUUCAUAUAAAAGAGAAAAAUAGGUUUUCCUUCAGGAAUACCUGUAAAACAAGAACCAAGGCCAAAGAUCGGAAAUUAAAGUCGGAGGAUGAGAUGAAAACAAUCGUGAACAUGGCCCUCCAAAGACAGGAUAAAAUCAAAAGGAGGCGAAAACGGGGGACUAAAAAUGCAAAAAGAUCCGUAAGUGAAAAGGAUGCUGAAUUAGACGAAGCAAGCGCCAAUCAAAGACUGGACAUAUUAAACGUUCCCCGCGUUACAGAACAAUCAAUGAAACAUAUGAACGAAAGAAAUAGAGCAAUGGCUGCAGUCCAUGCCCAAUUAUUGAGCACAUUCAACGCAGAGGCAUUUGGAAUUAAGAUGGCGCAUGCCGAUAAAGUGAAACAAAAGAAAGAACAAAUGGAGGCUGUGCACGCGGAAUUGAAGAUGCAGGAUUUAAAUGCAGCAUUCUUUUCUUCUAAAAAGUUAAAAGCCGUCAUUGAUUAG